UUACGGUAUUGAUUUCUGGUGGCAGUAGGCAGCCCCUGUAGGUGGACGACCUAACUCAAAAAAAAAAGGCUCUGGUCAAAUAAACCCUCAAUUAAAAACACCUUCCCAACUAAUCAAAGCUUCAUUUAGUCAAAUAAUUUAUCAAAACCCGUAGUCCAAUUGUCAAUCCCCAUCAUACACUCAGAAAAUUGAAAUUCAGAGAUUCAUUUACUUUAUGAAAAAAAUUGAAAACUCAUUCAACCAAAUUUCCAGGCAACUGUUUGCCUGGGCCUGGUAGUGGUAAGUGGUAAUUUCCCCAUCCAACACACAGAAGAAGAGAAGUCAAUGGCCCUCUUCUCUUUGAGACUUUCCCAAUCAGAUUCAGAAUACGCGCAAAUUUGACAAGUCCUUGGAGCCUUUUAGACCUCAAACACGCACAACCCAUCAUUUGUUUCAUAGAGAAUUGCUUGAAGAUCAUUGCUUUUUUCAAUAUGAUUGGCUCAAUCUCUAGCAUAACUGUUAGGAUAUGGAUUGCCAUAUUGUUCUUGAGCUGUGCUUGUUAUUGUUCUUAUGGGGCUGUGGUUGAGGACGAUGUGAAGUGCCUUAAGAGCCUUAAGCAAUCUCUGAAAGACCCACUUGGAAAGCUGACCUCUUGGGAUUUCAAAAACACGUCUGUGACUUCCAUGUGCAAGUUUGUGGGAGUUACCUGCUGGAACGAUCGAGAGAACCGCAUAUUAAACCUUGAGCUCAGAGACAUGGAUCUUUCUGGUGCUAUUGCGAAGGACAUAGAGUACUGUUCCAGCCUUCAGAAUCUGGAUCUUGGAGGCAACAAGCUUUCCGGGUCGAUCCCUCCUGAUAUUUGUACUUGGUUGCCAUAUUUGGUGACCUUGGACUUUUCCAGCAAUGAUUUCUCAGGCUCAAUCCCAACUGAUCUGCAACACUGUAAGUACCUGAACAAUCUGAUCCUUUCGGAUAAUAAGCUUUCUGGGACUAUACCUUAUGAAUUUUCUAGCUUGGGUAGGCUCAAGAAGUUUUCAGUGGCCAAUAACAAGUUGACUGGUACUAUACCUGCGUUUUUAGACGGUUUUGAUAAGGCUGAUUUUGCUGGGAAUAGCGGGCUUUGUGGAGGGCCUCUUGGGUCAAAGUGUGGUGGGUUGAGUAAGAAGAAUCUUGCUAUUAUAAUUGCUGCUGGGGUGUUUGGUGCCGCGGCUUCUUUGUUGUUGGCUUUGGGGCUAUGGUGGUGGUACCAUUUGAGGUUGAGCAAGAAGAGGAAGGGAGGUUAUGGGGUUGGAAGAGAAGAUUGGGCUGAGAGGUUGCGGGCUCACAAGCUUACUCAAGUUUCCUUGUUUCAGAAACCCCUUGUGAAGGUUAAGUUGGCUGAUUUGAUGGCGGCUACGAAUAAUUUCAGCUCCGAAAAUGUGAUCAUUUCAUCUAGAACUGGGACUACUUAUAAGGCUCUACUUCCUGAUGGGUCGGCUCUGGCAAUUAAGCGGCUUAGUACUUGUAAGCUUGGUGAGAAGCAAUUUCGGUUGGAGAUGAACCGUUUAGGACAGCUUAGGCAUCCGAAUUUGGUACCCCUUUUGGGGUUUUGUGUCGUGGAGGAGGAGAAGCUUCUGGUUUAUAAGUACUUGUCAAGUGGGACUUUGUAUUCUUUGUUGCAUGGAAGUGGUUCUGGAUUGGAUUGGCCAGCUAGAUUUAGGAUUGGUUUAGGUGCUGCAAGGGGACUUGCUUGGCUUCACCACGGUUGUCAGCCUCCAAUUAUGCACCAGAACAUAUGCUCAAAUGUGAUCCUCCUUGACGAGGAUUUUGAUGCUAGGAUAAUGGAUUUUGGGUUGGCAACGCUUACGGCUUCUGAUUCUAAUGAAAGCAGUUUUGUUACUGGAGACUUGGGAGAGCUUGGCUAUGUAGCUCCAGAAUAUCCAAGUACUAUGGUUGCUUCAUUGAAAGGGGACGUUUAUGGAUUGGGAAUAGUGCUUCUGGAGCUGGCAACUGGGCAAAAGCCACUAGAAGUCACCGCUGUUGAGGAAGGAUUUAAGGGUAAUGUGGUGGAUUGGGUAAAUCAUCUAACAAGUUCUGGUCGAACCAAGGAUGCCAUUGAUAAAGCGCUCUGCGGAAAAGGGCACGAUGAGGAAAUUUUGCAAUUUCUGAAAGUUGCUAGUAAUUGUGUAGUUUCUCGGCCCAAGGACAGGUGGUCUAUGUACCAGGUUUACCAUUCAUUGAAGAGUAUGAGCAAAGACAACAGUUUCACUGAACAAGAUGAUGAGUUUCCUUUGAUUUUUCGCAAGCCGGAUAAAGAUUCAGCUUAGGUUUGAAUCAAAGAGGGGAGAGGGAUGGCAAAUGGUUACAGACUUUCAUCUUGAGGUAAGUUCUCAUAGGUUCAUAUGUAAAUGGUGUGUGGUCUCCUCUAUUUUUUAGUAUAGUUGUAUAAUACAAUAAACUACCAAAACAGUAGGGUCCUGCAUCCUAAUAAAUUAUUUGUUUACCCUUUGUUAUAUGAAACAAUACUCAAAUGAGGUCCAGUGAUAUUUACAAUAUGCUUCCCUGAUUUUGGCCAUAAAAGUUUGGUGUGAAAGAUGACAAAUGGAACUUUUAAUGUAAUACAACAGUAUAGCAACCA